ACUGUGUUGUAAUCUAGCAAAGAAGAGACCAAGCAUUAAAUUUGCAGUAGUGUCGAACAAUUCGCAACUCGCAGAAAGCAAGAAUAUUGAAAUGUUCAGUAAAGCUAUAACAGUUUCUCUUCUUCUGUUCAUUGUGUGUGCCAUAUCAGUUCAUGGAAAACUCUUUCGGCUCAAUCCAGCUAAUGAUAUCACGCGAAAGACUGGUCUUGCUGAAUCUCCUGAUAGAAAACGGGGAUUAAUGGAGGACGUUCCUUCAAUGCAUGCUCCUUUUGGCCUAGAUAAGAAACGUGGUUCUAUGAUCCAGGGUCGUUUUGGCCUAGAUAAAGAACGUGGUUCUAUGGUCCAAGGUCGUUUUGGCCUAGAUAAGAAACGUGGUUCCAUGAUGCAGGGUCGUUUUGGCCUAGAUAAGGAACGUGGUUCUAUGAUCCAGGGUCGUUUUGGCCUAGAUAAGAAACGUGGUUCCAUGAUCCAGGGUCGUUUUGGCCUAGAUAAGAAACGUGGUUCUACGAUCCAGGGUCGUUUUGGCCUAGAUAAGGAACGUGGUUCCAUGAUCCAGGGUCGUUUUGGCCUAGAUAAGAAACGUGAUUCUAUGCAGGGUCGUUUUGGCCUAGCCAAGAAACGUGUUCUGUGAUCCAGGAUCGUUUUGCGAUGAGGGGAGUUUCGGCGAGUAACUUUUAUUAAAAUAGAUUUUGAAAACAAUUUUAAUUUGAACAAUAAUUAGUAUUCAAUUUAUUGUUAUUGUCAAGUAUUCAAGUUAUUGUGUUUACUAGGUAUACGUAAUGUUUACAACACUCGCGGCCGUGUAACGUUGUAUAAUUAAAUAUUAUUAUUAU